AUUAACACAAAUGUCGCUCGUGCCGCCUGGUGUCCCUCCCCUGCCCCUGUUUAGCCUGUUCUCGUGGCAGCGGCCGGUCAACACUGAACGUAUCAACAGCUCAGUCUCCCUGCCUCGCUACCUCAGUGUGUCCGCGUCGCUCUCACUCAGGCUCACUUCCCCACCCGCUCGCUUCUCUUCCGCUGCGUUUCCCACCUCGCUCAUCUCUCUCUCGUAGACUGCUAAAUUAUGAUGAACCGCGCCAGGAACUUCAGUAACGUGCACGGUCUGCCGGGACUGCCUCACUCCAGACCGCCCCUAGGGAACCCCCGCAGACCCCCGCCCCAGCCACAGAGGAUGCCGCCCCCGCCGCGCCCCGCCCCAGGCCCCCAGGCAGACCCAAUGGCAGGGCGAAGGAUUGACAUGCUGGAGCAGCGUCUUAAUGCCACGGAGCAGAGUAACCGUACCUUGCUGGACGAGCUGAUGAGAGUACAACAAGACCUCAAGGUGAACGUGAAGCGCAAUGAGUUAUCACUGGGAGAGGAGAGGGAUGUGGUCGCCAGAAUGGACUCUACGGUUCGCCAGACACAGGGGAAGACCUUUGAGUUCGAGGACAGGAUACGGAGGAUGGAGGACGGCUUGAAGGACACCAGGAACGCCCUCCAGCAAAUGAACUCCCACAUCAAGAGCAUCGAGAAGGCGGUCGCGUCAGCACAGCAGGACCAGAUAGAGAGGAGAAGCAACAGUGCGCAGAAGCUCCAGGAAUACAGGCACGAGAUCAUGAGGGUGACGCAGAGCAAGGAACAGCUGGAGCGUCUGUGCUUCUCUCUUAGGGAUGAACUGCGCGAGACGACCUCAAAAGUGGACAACGUGGCGCAGGAGAUGAGCUCGCUGGAGGGAAACGUGAGAAUGCAAGCGAGACUGAUUGAGGACAGCAACAAGAGGAUGAUGAACACAAAAGUACACACGCCGGCCCCCUUCGCUCCCAUCCACAUCUCCCCGCCAACCCAGGAUGAUGGGAGGAUGUCCGAAACUGUGCGUCUGGCCUUGGAAGGAAAACUGAUCCAGAUGAACGCUACCAUUCAAGACCUCACGCAGCGCCUCAACCAGGAAGCCAAGAAGAGAGAGAGAGUCGAGACGGAAGUAAACAUGAGGAUGAACGAGCUGCUGGAGGACUACGGCAGCAGCAAGGUGGAGAAAGACAAGGAGAUGCGAGAGUUUGACGAAAAGAUGAAGGAGCUGAGUGCGGGGUUCAGCGCCAGCGAGAAACAGCGGAUCCUGAUGGAGGUGUCAUCUGUGGCCAAGGACUUGUCGAGGAAGAUUGAGGAGAAGGAGGCGAAAUUGAGGGACGACACGGUAAACAAACUGACGGUGAUCGAGGGCACGCUGACGAAGGAGAACAAGAGGCGAGCGCAGGAGGAGAAGACUCUGCAGGAAAAAGUGGAGACGAGAAUACGGGAAGUGAAAUUAGACGUGGAGCAUAACGUGGACGCCAUGAAGAAGUAUGUGGAUCAACACGAGGAGAAGACGAGCCAGCGGGUGGUGGAGCUGGGUCGAGGCAUGGCGCAGCUGGAGGCCAAGAUGCGAGAUCACGUGAUGGAGCAGGAGAAGGUUCUGGCCGCUGAGAUCACCGACAGGCAGAACGAGAUUAAGGUGCUGGAGGGAAGAGUGAAUGAUGUGGACGACAGGGCCAAGCUGGGCAUACUGGAGCUGCAGACGGCCGUGGGGACUGUCGACAGGAAAGCCAGUAAAACCAAGAGUGCCCCGCAGGUACAGCCCACCAAUUACGACGAGAUCUACCGACACCAGAAUGAGAAAACGGAAGGAAUAAAGGAGCAGAUAGCUAAGGACGUGGCGCAGCUUGACCACAGACUGAGCAAUGUGGAGAAUAAGAUGAAGCAGCAGAAUGAUGACCUGGAUAAUAAGCUUAAAUCCUCCAAGGCGGAGGACCAGGAAGCGAACACAAUCAUGGGAGACAAGAUGCAACAGAAGGUUGACUCAGUGAUCUUCAGCCAGGAGCGACUCAAGAAGCAGGUGGACAAAUUACAGGCAGAGGUGCAGGACACGCCGAAGAACAUUGCCAACCUGCAGGAGGAGGUGAGGGAGGUGGACACGAAGCUAAGCAAGAAGGUGGACCAGGAGAGGAAGGAGAGAAUGGACGAUUUCAAGGAUUUAAGGGGCGAAGUGGACCGCAUUAUUGGGAAGAACGAGAAAAACGCCUCCACUGUGCCCAGCCUGGCUCAGCUCAAUCAAGACGUGGAUGAAACGCAAACAGGGAUGAAGAAACUGGCUGAGGCGGUGCACGUGGUGAAGUCCUCUCUCUCGGAACGGGUGCGCGACGAGCGUAAGCUGAGGGAGCAGGAGGACAGCAUUCUGAGACGCGACGUGGAGAGGCUGGACACCAAAUACAACGAUCUCAGGGACAAGAUAAAGACGAUGACUGCCGUUGGGGCCUCAUAGAGAGAGAGAGAGAGAGAGAGAGAGAGAGAGAGAGAGAGAGAGAGAGAGAGAGAGAGGGCGAUGAGGGAAAGGGUUAGAGACUACAUUUAUUAUUUUUUUCAGUUAUUAAUGAGUCUUUUGGGGUUUAUCUAAGUUAAUUUACGUUGAGAAAAAUAAAAUGCGUUAGAAAAGUGGGAAAUUGGAUGAGAGAGAGAGAGAGAGAGAGAGAGAGAGAAUCUUCCUGUUAUUUUAUUAUUUCAUUCCUUCAUUAACUACGUAGCAUAAAUCAUUGUAUAUACAGAUUAUCACUAUUUACCACUCCUCUGUAUAUGAAACUACUCACCACUGACCAUAACACGCCUGUAACGAGCGUAACUAUCUGCUAACGAGGCCACUGUAUUGUUAAAUAGUUUGAGGUGGUGGUAAUGCCAGGAUUGUAUGACAGGGACUUGUGUAUAUUGAGAAAUCGUUAUUAAUUGUUGUAAUGUGUCUUUGAUUUUUAGUCAAUAAUGUUUCAGUUGAGAUUAAAGAAAGUGAGAAAGAAAAAAAAAAAAAA